ACAAAUAAUUUCAGUCGCCGACUAGUCCAACUCUCAGUGUCGCUCGAGACUUGACUUUUUUAACACUUCUCCUAUCAACACGUCCACGAUGUCUGAAGAUCACGGUUCAGCUUCAUCAGCAUCUUCAAACAUAUCUGUUGCAACUACAAGUGCUAUCGAUGAUGACUCUGAUGCAGCAUCAAUUAAAUACACAGCUGAAAAGUUGAUGGAUUUGAAGAUGGACCAAGAAGGCAACAAGAUGUUCCUGGUCAAAUGGAAUGAUUAUCCAGAGGAAGAUAACACUUGGGAAACAGAGAGCAAUCUCUCCUGCAACUCAUUGAUGAAGGCUCUGGUCAAGGAAAAACGGGCCAAAAGGACCUACAGAGGAACUCCUGGUAAAUUGUACAAGAAAUACCAGAUUGCUAAGAAAUACGGACUGCUGAAGUCUUCCCAAACAUCACCUCCACCGCAGAAGAAGCAAUUUAAGUAUGUGAAAUUCGAAGAUAGAAUUACUGGAUUUGAUAUGGGAUUCACCCCUGAGUUGAUAAUGGGUGCGACAGUUAUUGAAGGGGAGUUGGAGUUUUUGGUUCGUUGGAGGGAGGAUGAUAGAACUGAUCUCAUCCCGAGGAUUGUGGCUAAUGAAAAAUGCCCACAGUUGGUCAUCAAUUACUACGAGAGGAACAUAGUAUGGCCACAGGAGACUUGCCAAAGAAUUGAUAAAUAAUCAGACUUCAUAUUGUGCUUGAUAAAAGGGGUAGAUGUCUUAAACUUUACUACCUGCCUUAUAGUUUUGGAUUUAGAUGAACUUCAAUGAAAUAUAUGAAUUAAUCUUCUUAUAAUCAAGAUUAAUGAAAUACUUACUCAAAUAACAGUGGAAUUUGCAAUUUAAACUAUUAAUGCUUAUUAUGUGAUGAAAAAUAUGUGGGAAAAUUAUAGUUCUUUCCUAAAUAUUC